UUAAUCAAAGCCCUAGUUAAUUCUUAAUCCAUAUUUCCCAAACACACAUAUACUCCCUUACUCCUCGCCGGUUUCCUUCGCCGUUCACGCUUCAUCCAGCCACAGCCCGCCUCCGUCUCCUCCUUCUCUCCAUCCUGAUAUGUUUAGAAGCUUGAAGCUUCACAACAAAGGUUAUUAAUUGCAGGUAGUUUGAGCUGAAGCUUAAAUGGAGUUCUGCCCAACUUGUGGGAAUAUGCUACUCUAUGAGUUGCCACAGAUGGGGCACCCUGCCCGAUUUACCUGUCCAACAUGCCCUUAUGUAUGCAACAUAGAGAGCCAGGUUAAGAUAAAGAGACACGUGCGCUUGGUUAAGAAGACAAUAGAUCCUAUUUUUACUAAAGAAGACCGGAGGAACUUUCAAGAAACUAAAGAGAGCUGCCCCACGUGCGGUCAUGAUAAAGCUGGUUUUAUUCAAGUGCAGACUAGGUCAGCAGAUGAACCCAUGACAAUCUUCUAUGAAUGCCGAAAGUGUGAAUAUACUUGGAGAGAGGGCUAGUAGUUCUUCAUGCUUUUAUACCCUUCAAAUCGCUUAUGAGCUUUUUUAUAUUUCGGCUAUUCUGGUGGAUUCAGGUUCUUGCGAGAUAUGUACAAACAAGUGCUCAUGCCAUUUUUCCUCACCUCAAGAUUAGCAGUUCAUGAAUU